AUGCCGUCCCGAAAGCACACCAAGAAAGCCGCAGCAAUGCGCACGGAGAGUACCCAUAAGGACAAGAAGAAGGACACACCACCUCACCCGAUGAAUGUCUGCGACGGAGUCUGGUCCAGCAUCGUCGUUCGCAAGGAUGAACAAGGUACCGACUCUGUUCGGCGCCAUGAAUGGAACAAGACCUCGCUUCGCCCAUACGCCCACUUCAAGAAGCUCUAUGGGGAGCGCAAGUUUUCAAAGCCACACUCUUCUCAGCCGAUGCAUCGGUCGUUUCUCGAUCUACCCCCGGAGCUCCGCAACCGAGUCUACAGACUGGCGCUUAUCCAUGACCCUACCUACAUUGAGCUGUCCGCCAAGACAAACCGAGCCCGCGAGAGCAACGGCCAUGCGCAGAUCUUCCACGUCAAGCGAUACCGCCACAAGAUCGCCCCGACACUUCGACUGCUCCGUACCUGCAAGCAGAUCCAGCAGGAAGCUGCAUCCAUCUUCUAUGGCGAGCAUGAGUUUCGGUUCACUAGCGUUCGAGGCUUGUAUAUCCUGGAGCGCUUCCUCUUCACGAUGGGCACAUAUAAUGUGUCCUGUCUUCGUAAGAUUGCCAUGCAUAUCACUAUUAGCGGCAACACGGAAGACAACUUCAAGGAGAACCUCGGAGAGUCAAAAGGCACUCUGGCAUACAUGACUCGCGUAGUCCACAACUGGGGUCUGCGUCGCCCUCACUACAAUUGGGGAGGAGAUCUCUGCGAGGAGCGCGUCAAGUCGACGUUGGAAGAGCACGGAAAAAACCUUGCCGAGUUCACUCUGAUCAUGCCAGACACCUUUACGCCGGCUCAGCCCAUUGACGAUCCAUUUCCGUACUUGGAUUACGACUUCCUCCUCGAUCCAGCUGCAUUCCAGAAUCUCAAGGUUCGCCUAGUCCGACUCCACGGUGGCUUUGCCUACUACCUUCCUAACGGCGACUCUAACGUCGACCUCUCGAACAGCUAUCGAGACUUUGUGCUGCCAUAUCAUCUCGACACCCGCAAGUGGGCCCGACGUAUGGGAUAUGAGGUUUUCGAUGUGGCGUACGAUAAGUUGGGUCGUUGGCCAGUUGAGUUGAAGAAUGGGGAAGAGAUCCGCGAGAUUGAGGGAGAUGACGAAGAGGCUGACUGGUUGGCGAGUCCUUAUUGAGAUUCUGGGUUUCUUUGCAGAAUUCUCAGGACGAGAGUUGCAGACAUGAAGUGGAACUACGCGAAGAAAAGCAGAACCGCUUCGCGUAUCUACAGCUGCUGACAGCAGAGCGAUUGAGACGCUGCGCUUCAGGUAGCAAUUCUUGCAUUUCGGUUUGAUGUAUUUUCUCGAGAGCUUUGCGACUUGGUAGUCUUCGCAAGAGGCCAUCACGAGUCGAUAAGCGGCAAACCUCUGUCGUAGACCACGUAAUCAUGACUAAUAA